AUGCUACAACUCGUUCAACAAAUCUCAAAAAGUGACAAAUCAUUUGAUUUCAACAUCCAAUUUCUAUUCAUUGGUGGCGAAGAAUACGGAUUAGAAGGUUCCACAGCUUAUGUAGCAAACUUUACUAUGCAAGGCCAUAUACUAAACAUGGAAGUCAUUGCUACAGGAAGACCUUUAGUCAUGACGACAAAAGCAUUUAAUUCUAAAUCAGUUGUAAGAGCAUGGUCUAAAGUAAAAGGCGCAAUCGGUUUUACUUAUUUCAAUGAUUUGGCGAAAACUAAUUUAAUUAAGUCAACUUCUGAUCUCAGGACAUACGAGAAAUUAGGUGUAACAGGUGCCGAAUUAGUAUACACAGGAAAUCCAUCGCAUUAUCAUACCCAUCUUGAUUUAUUGGAAAAUAGAGAUGACAUUAAAUAUCAUGGAAAUUUGUUGACGAAUUUUUUGAAUGAAUUCAAAGUUUAUGAAAAAGAAGACAACAAAAUAUUAGUUGGAGUUUCUCCUUUUGUUGCUGUUAUUAGCUUGAAAUGGGCUCAAGCUUUGCUCAUUAUCAUGAUGAUAUUAACAAUUGUUGCAAUGAUUCCCCAUUUUAGUUUAAGGGAUUUGCUAAUUGGCUUAUUUAUUAUUUGUUCUUUAAUUAUAUCGAUUAUUAUUUAUUAUAUUUAUAUGUUCAUUUGUUGGAAAGCUAACCCAGUAAGUUAUGGAAGUAUGCCGACAGCAGCAGCAAUUUUGCUGCCAUUGAUUUUUUAUUUAACUAAUUCUUUUGUUGUAAGUUUCUUUAAUAUAUCUGAAAACUCUAUUUUAAUGACGAGAUGCUUAUUGGAUGUAAUUUUUGGAUUUAUUGUUAUCAAGCUCGACCUUUGCACAUUGGUUAUAUUCUGGAUUGGUUCAACAUUAGCUAUUUCUUUUGUUUCAAAUGAUUUUUGCCAUAGAGGUAUCAAAUUCUUCUUGGAAUUGAUGUUCUUGAUUCCAUCAAUAUUUGUUUAUACAUUAUUGUUUAGAGCUGUAUGCGGAUACACAGUUCAUAUGAGAAAUUUGAUGGGAGAAAUUGCUCCUUUUUCAGUUUCAUUUUUGUUUGCUGUCAAAUUCUUUUACAGUUACUUGAGUUUUACUAUUGUUCCAAAAGGAUCAAAUGAGGAAGAUUUAGAAGCCGAAUUAGAUAACAUCGCAAAAGAUCAUGACAAAGAUGUAGAAAAUCCAGAAAAAGAAAAUGAUAAUGAAAAUCAAGAAAAUGAUAAUGAAAAUCUAGAUGAAAAAAGUGAUAAAAAUGAAGAGAAAUCUAACAAAUCUAAUCAUGAUGAACCAAAAGAACCCAUUUGUAAUUGUGGUUUGAAUAAGGAUAUGAUCUUAUACAGAUUGUUUUUCUUGAUAAUUCCGAUUUGUAUUGUUAUUUAUUUCUGUGUUACUGAUCCUCCUUACAACACAACAUACAAGGUUAAAGGAUGGUUCGGACAGUAUAUCUAUGAAAAUCUUACAAGCGAGGUAUAUUUCAUGCCUGAAAAUGGAAAGAAUCCAAUUAAAACUUUACAGAAAAAUGUCCAAAUAAAUGGCUUACAAUUUGAUGAGAAGUUUUCUGUUGGUUUGUUUGAUAAAGAAGCUCUUUAUGUUAAGCAUGAUAAUGUUAGUUUGCCAAACUUCAUUGCUAAAUGGCCGGAUUACAAUUUAACUCAGAACUCUGAUGGUUUUGAUUUAAGUAUUCCAAACAAUGAUCAAAAAGCAGAUAUUCUUUACAUUUUUGGAAAAUGCGAAGAAUCUCACUGCAUUAAGAGUAUCAGCGGGUUUGAUAACGUUUCAUAUUUCACAGAUUAUUCUGUAUUAUUCAAAUAUUCUCCGUUUAGUGCUCCUUUCAACAUUUCAGUCAAAUCAACAGGAAAAGUAAGAUUUGAAAUCGAUUUCAUGUGGUUUGAAAAGUCAGACUUGCUGAAAGAGUUUGAAUCAAAGUUCCCAUUAUAUGUUAUUGACUUCGAUAAGUCAUAUCGCGUUGGAGGAACUAUUCUAUCGAAGAAAUUAAACUUUUAA